UGUGUCACGUGGUCCUUCUGUUUGCUGCAUAGCUCAGUGGCAGCGAGGCGGUUCACUACUACUACUUCCUCCUGUCUGGACUGCUGCGUUCUGCUCCUCAGCCUUUCCGUGUAGCUGUUUAACUUCGACACAACAUUGAAUAAUGUCGACCAAGGUUGCCAUCGUCACUGGAAGCAACAAAGGCAUCGGGUUCGCCAUCGUCAGAGCGCUCUGCAAGCAGUUCCAAGGAGACGUUUACCUGACGUCCAGAGACGUAAGUCGGGGUCAGGCGGCCGUGGAGUCUCUGGCCUCUGAGGGACUGAAGCCCUUGUUCCAUCAGCUGGACAUCAACGACCUGAACAGCAUCACCACAGCCGCCGCCUUCUUCAAGGAGAGGUACGGAGGAGUGGACAUCCUGAUCAAUAAUGCUGGGAUAGCGUUCAAAGUGGCUGACCCGGCUCCUUUUGGGACCCAGGCUGAAGUCACUUUGAAGACAAACUUCUUCGCCACCAGAGACAUGUUGACUCACUUCAUGCCACUCAUCAAAGCUGGAGGCCGUGUCGUGAAUGUUUCCAGCUUUGUCGGCUCGCGGACUUUGAACCAGUGUAGCCCAGAACUCCAGCAGCGUUUCCGCAGCGAGGACAUCACAGAGGACGAGCUGGCCGGUCUGAUGCAGCGAUUCGUGGAAAAGGCCAAAAACGGCGAGCACAAGCAAGACGGUUGGGCCGAUACAGCAUACGGCGUGUCGAAAACCGGGCUGACGACGCUGUCCAUGAUUCUGGCUCGUCGUCUGUCUAAGGAGAGACCAAAUGACGGGAUUUUGCUUAACGCCUGCUGUCCUGGAUGGGUGCGCACAGACAUGGCUGGCUCCAAAGCCCCCAAGUCACCAGACGAGGGCGCUGUCACUCCAGUGUACCUGGCUCUACUUCCAGCUGGAGCCACAGAACCUCAUGGGAGGUUUGUCUCAGAGAAGGAAGUUCAGCCAUGGUGAAGAACGCACAGGGAGAUGUGUCAAGUUUAGAAAGCAUUAAGACAGGUUGCUAAUUAAAAAUCAAUUAUGUUUUUUAUCUGUACAGCAAAUCAACAAAGGUCCUCUGUGUUAAAUAGUGUUCUUCUACAGGUCAAUUUUUAAAGGGAGUUCAGAGCAUUGAUGAUCAAACCAACACUUCAGUUAACAAUAAAAUGUUUUGUUUGUUCCUCUUGCUUCAAGUGCUGACCAAGUUUAUUUUUGCCUUCAGCGACGUAUUGAACUGUUACAUGGGAAAAUUGUCAGAUUGCCUUACUCUAAUGAGGUUGGAGUAGCUUUUCUUAAAUGAAAAGAGAAAAUGUUUUUCUACAAUACAGAAUGUUUUUUUU